UCCCCAAGAUAUCCAAAUUUCAAAAGCCACGAAAAGCACAAAUAUAGAAGAAGGGGAAGAAAGAGUUGGCGUGCAAGUUUGGAAUAUUACACAAGGGGCAGUCUCCUUCAUCUUAAUUACCAAACCUGCCAUCAUCCAUCGCCCUGUAGAAUUUUCAUUUCAUAGAAAAUGGCGAGACCUAAUCAAGAAGAAAUCGAGACUUUCAUGAGCAUCACCGGCGUCUCUGAAGCCACUGCUAUUCAGAAACUAGAGGAGAAUUAUGGCAACCUUAAUGAAGCUGUUAAUGCACAUUUCAGUGCUGGGGGCAGAACCAUAACAAAUCAGGCAUCUUUUGUGGCUCCUCAUGAUGAUGUUAUGGACAUUGAUGAUCCAGUCCAAGUUGAAUCCCGUAGACCACCUUUCUCAUUGGCGCCGUCCGCUGGAGAUGCGAAUCCAUUUUCUCUUCUUGAUCCCAACUUUACCAGACAUGAUAGAGGUACUGAUUUUGCAAGUGGUUCACCUUUCAUUCCACGUCGAAGAGAAGUGAGGCAGAUUCAUAAUGAAGUGAAAGAUGGGAAUGGACCAUCGGGCAAUUCCGGUAGUGUUCCUCCUAUUGAAGAUGUCACUGAAAGUGCCCAAGGUCUUGGUCCAGAAAUCCGAGGGACACUCAUAGUUGAUGACGAUGAAGAUGGUGAUGACAAUGUUCCUAACGGUCCUAAUACACGCGAUGCUAGACAUCAUGAACCAGACAAUGCCAUAUUGGGUGCUAACUUUCAUCCAACACGUACUCGAUCAAGUGCUCCCACUAUGGUUGAUGAGGCCAGCUACAGCAAUGAUAUAGAAGAAGAAAUGGUUCUGGCAGCUAUCGAGGCUUCUAAGCAGGAUGUUGCAAUGACAGAGCAGCAAUUUGACAAUAACAGUGAUCUUAGGGAUCCCAUGCGUCAGCCAGGGCGAUUGCAUCCAGAAGAUGAUGAGUUUGCUCGUGCAGUUUCAUUAUCACUGAAGACAGCAGAGCAAGAGAAAGUAUUACAGGAAGGAAAAAUUGAAGCAUUAGACCUGGAAGCUGAGAAAUCAGCUGACAUGGAGCAGCUGGGGAAACAAAAAUCCUCAAGUGGAAGGCAAUCUAGAUUAGAGAUUGGAAGCUCUUCCUUCCAGAAUGAAGCAGAAGAUGUAGAAGUGCAACCACUAGUUAGGCAAAGGAACAGACCUCUGUCCUCAGAUUCUCUUGAAGGAGUUGAGGUUACGCCACCACCAACUCUGCGUGAUAAUCUUCAUCAGUCGCUGCGAAAUGGAAGUGUCUUUCCCUCCGAUGAGUGGGGUGGCAUCUCAUCUGAGGAACACGAUGAAGCCGUAAUGCUUGAGGCUGCAAUGUUUGGUGGGGUUCCUGAAGGGAGUGGGCACAACGUUCCCUACGCACCUCAUGAGCUCAUGCAGAAUGAUUUAGAUAGAAGCAUGGGUCUUCACCGUAGGCAUAUACCUCAUCCUCCCUCACCUUCUCUUGCUGCUCAGAGAUUGAUUCGAGAACAACAGGAUGACGAAUUUCUUGCUGCAUUACAAGCUGACAGAGAGAAGGAAUUGAAGGCCAAGGAAGAAGCUGAAGCCGCUAUUGCAGAAGAGAGACAAAAAGAGGAGGAAAUGCGUAGGACGCUGGAAGAGGAACAGGAACUCAAGGGACAAUUAGCUGCAAAAGAAGCUUCCCUUCCUCAGGAACCAACUCCAGAUGAUGGCAAUGCUGUUACCCUUCUUGUGAGGAUGCCUGAUGGCAGUCGGAUGGGUCGGCGCUUUCUUAAGUCAGACAAGCUGCAGUAUCUUUUUGACUUCAUUGAUGUUGGCAGAUUGGUCAAGCCUCAUACUUACAGAUUGGUAAGGCCAUUUCCUCGGCAUGCUUUUAGUGAUGGCGAGAGUACCUCCACACUGAAUGAAUUGGGCCUGACCAGCAAACAAGAAGCCUUGUACCUGGAGUUGAUAUAAUAUGCUUAUUUUGUAAAAGUUGUUAGAACCACAAGCUAAUGUGCUUGAUUACCUUGGCCAAGAUCAUGUAUUUGAGGUGGAUUUCUGGUAUUUUGGUUGGAAUUCGUGAUGCCAUGGACAAUGCGUUUAGUUGGUCGGACCAUUCGCCACGAAUGGUUUCAUGGGUGGGGCACGGUAAGGAUAUCAUUAUCAAUGUCAUACUUUGUAUAUUAGAAAUUAAUUGGUUUGCACUUUGAAAAGUUCUUAAAUUGACUACUUGUAUUUGGAGGUUGUAUAUAAGUGUGUGCCAGAAAUGGUGUUAGGAGGAUGGCGUGUUUUCAGGUUGUUAUUAAUAUAAUAACGGGCCCUUUGUCUUGACUCU